AUGACCCAUUUAAACAACAUCUACACCCUCAAAUCCCUCCUUGACGCAUUUCCCGAUGAUCUACUCCCCAUAUUUCGGCAGUACUCGAGAACGAUUCUGAAUACCAUCUUCUGGCGUCCGGUGCGGUAUUAUAGCGACGAGAAUGGAGUGGUGUAUCGGUGGAUGAUACGGGAGUUGAAGUUGGGGGAGGGAAAGGCUGGGAAUGGUGGUGGCGGUGGCGGUGGUGUUGUGGUUGGCAAUGUUCAAGAUAUCCAGGGAGGGAAUGGCCAGAGUACGAUGAAUAUCGCUGGAUGGAAGCAGAGGGAUAGGCUUGUUUUGUCGGAUAAUAACGAUAUUGAUUGA